GCCACAGCCCUGCCGCGAUGGAGCGGGCGGCGGGCGAGGGCCGGCCCCUGCUGCCGGCGGCGGGGGGCUCCGCCGGGCUCUCCUCGCCCGGGCUCUCCUCCGCCGGCGCCGUCUUCAUCCUGCUCAAGUCUGCGCUGGGCGCGGGUCUGCUGAGCUUCCCCUGGGCCUUCGGUAGGGCCGGCGGGGCCGUUCCCGCCCUCCUGGUGGAGCUGGGCUCGCUGGUGUUCCUGGUGAGCGGGCUGGCCGUGCUGGGCUAUGCCGCGGCCCUCAGCGCCCAGCCCACCUACCAGGGCGUGGUGCGGGCCGUGUGCGGGGCGGCCGUGGGGAAGCUCUGCGAGGUCUGCUUCCUCCUCAACCUCUUCAUGAUCUCCGUGGCCCUCCUCAGGGUGGUGGGUGACCAGCUGGAGAAACUGUGUGACUCCCUGUACCCCAACGGGACACUGAGUGGGGUCCCUCAGCUGCCCCCCUGGUACGUGGACCAGCGCUUCACCCUCUCAGCUCUCUGUGUCCUCGUCAUCUUCCCACUCUCUGUCCCCAGGGAGAUCGGCUUCCAGAAGUACUCCAGCAUCCUGGGCACGCUGGCUGCCUGCUACCUCACUCUGGUUGUCAUCCUGCAAUACUACCUGCAGGCAGAGAGCCUGCGUUUGACCGAGCCACCCCAGCCCUCCAGGUCCUCGUCCUGGACCUCCAUCUUCAGUGUCAUUCCCACCAUCUGCUUUGGCUUCCAGUGCCACGAGGCAUGUGUGGCCAUCUACAGCAGCAUGCGCAACCAGAGCUUCUCCCACUGGGUCACCGUCUCUGUGCUCUCCAUGCUCAUUUGCCUGCUCAUCUACUCCCUCACUGGGCUCUAUGGCUACCUGACCUUUGGCGAGACCGUGGCGUCCGAUGUCCUGAUGUCCUACCCAGGGAAUGACCCGCUUGUCAUCGUCGCCCGCCUGCUCUUUGGCGUCUCCAUCGUCACCAUUUACCCCAUUGUGGUGCUGCUGGGCAGGUCCGUGGUGAAGGACCUGUGGGCAGCCCCGAAGCGCGGGGCCGUGGCGGUGUCUGAGGCACACGAGCGGCGGGGCCGGGUGGCACUGACAGUCACCUGGAUGGCUGCCACGCUGGGCAUCGCCCUCUUUGUCCCCGACAUCGGCAAAGUCAUCGAGCUCAUCGGGGGCAUCAGCGCCUUCUUCAUCUUCAUCUUCCCAGGGCUGUGCCUCGUGUGUGUGACUGCGACCCGCAGCCUUGGGCCACGCAAAAAGAGAGGGGACGACACGAGCUGGGACAAUGGAGACUGCGAGGGGACAGUCCCAGCCUGCCCGGGACAGUCUGGGAAGGAGCACGGUGCUGAGGACCCUGCAGCAGAGCAGCAGCAGGGUUUGGGGGCUGCUCUCAUCGCCUGGGGUGUUCUCUCCGUGCUCGGCGGCGCCUUUGUCUGCGGGCAGAGCGCUGCCCUGGCCGUGCUGGGGCUGCUGCACUGAGGGACCACGGAGCCCCCUGUGACCUCACCGUGACCGCCAGCGUCCUGCCCUGCAUAGAGGCCCCAACACAGCCACACCACUGGAUCCCAUGGCGGUUUUAUUUGGCAUCACCGUCCCCGUUGUACAGUGGCUAAUAAAGACAGGAGAGGGAAUUGGCAAAGGUCCUGUGCCACACACCCUGAGGGACCCCCACGCAUGGAGGGGUGGGUGUGAGAUUGGCACAGAUGGACAGACACACAGACAAAGUACAGACCCCAGGAGGGAGGGGAGGCAGCCACCCUCAUGCCUACAAGGCACCAGCUGCAAGUGUGCACAUGCAAAGGA